AAUUUCUUAUCGCCAUAGAUUUCAGAGAUACAAAUUUGACCGCCAUUGUCACAGUUCAAUACUUCAAUGUUAUCUUCUCCAUCUUAACCUUUCAUAGGGUUUUUCUUAGUCGCCCAAAUCGCAUCGUCGUUUCUUGUUGCUUUUAAAUGUCGGGACAAUUCGAAUAGUUUUUUCGGUAAUUCUCUGAAUUGUAACUUGGAUUUGUGAGCAAAAUGGAUGAGGGUGAGCUUGAAUUUUCUAACCAAGACAUGUUAUCAAGUCCCUGUGUUGGUGAUCUUCCUGAAAGCAGUUCACUGAGUAGCUUCUGGAAUGAUAUACUCAGUGAUACUCAUGCUUGCACUCAUACUCACACAUGCAAUCCACCUGGGCCUGAUAACUCUCACACACACAUGUGUUACCAUGUUCACACCAAAAUAGUGCCUUCUCAAAGCGAAGAGGAUAGGGCACCCAGUGAUGAUACUGCAGAAUAUGCAGGCAAGAAAUCAAAGAAACGGCCUUCAGGCAAUCGGGAAGCAGUCCGUAAGUACAGGGAGAAGAAGAAGGAAAGGGCUGCUUCUUUGGAGAAUGAAGUUGUCAGGUUGAGGGCUAUAAACCAACAAUUGCUGAAGAGGCUUCAGGGCCAGGCAUUGCUGGAAGCAGAGAUUUCCAGGCUCAAGUGUUUGCUUGUUGAUCUUAGGGGAAGGAUAGAAGGUGAGAUCGGGUCGUUUCCAUACCAGAAACCAGUGAUCACUAAUCCUACCCUGCCUGGAUCAUAUGUAUUGAACCCCUGCAAUAUGCAUUGUGAUGAUCAAGUUUAUUGUCUCCAUCCUGGCUCCGAAGGUAAAAGCUCAGAGGGUAUGACAUUGAACAAUCAAGAUAUCAGUAUUUGUGAGUUUGAGAGCUUGCAAUGUUUCAACAAUCAAUGUUCAGGACUGAAGGAUCUUUCGGCGAGUGGAGUAGAUAACAGUAUGUCUAGUCGCCAUAUCUCGAGAAGGAUUCAUAAAAAAGGUGAGUAGUAAAAGUAAGGUUUGCACGAUAUUUUUCUGUUUAACCAAACCUCACUUCAGUUUCCUGCUUUUGCAUUUGGGACUUUUGUGUAUCACAUAUUCACAUAUUCUCAACACUGAACGGUUGGUUCUAGUACUCCCCCCGUCUUGAAAUUAUCUCCUCUUUUUUAUUUUACGCACUUUUUAAGAGUGGUUGAAAAUGAGAAUGUGUGGUCGAGAUUAGAGUUGA